UAAUCUAGGAUUUUAAAAUAUUUAAUAUCUUCGUAGGGCUCGUCAAAGCGUAUGUCAUGGACAGUUUAUGGUUCUCGAGGAUCCAGUUGUUUGUAACAGUGUUAUUGUUAUGUAUGUUUACACCCUCCUCCGGCAGCGAAAUGGAUUUUGUGACGUGCGGGUCGGUGGUGAAGCUGCUCAAUGUGAAACACAACGUCAGAUUACACUCUCAUGAUGUUCGUUAUGGGUCUGGUAGUGGCCAGCAGUCUGUGACAGGUGUGAUUGCAGUAGAGGAUAGUAACAGUUACUGGAGUGUGCGGGGCACCAGUGAAGCUGAAUGCCAUCGAGGCACUCCUGUAAAAUGUGGACAGAACAUCCGCCUUACCCAUGUCAACACGGCCCGCAAUUUACACAGCCACUACUUUACAUCCCCUCUGUCUUCAAAUCAGGAGGUCAGUGCGUUUGGGGAGAAUGGCGAGGGUGACCAUCUUGAUGAAUGGACCGUUUUGUGUGCAGGCUCAGUUUGGCAGCGUGACGAGUCAGUUCAGUUCCGCCACACUGCCACUGACGCUCUGCUGUCUGUAACAGGCGAACAGUACGGCAGACCCAUCCACGGCCAGAGAGAAGUGCACGGCAUGAUAAUCAGCAGCCCGCACAGCUACUGGAGAACAAUGGAGGGCGUCUUCAUGAAACCGAGUGAGACAGGUUUCAGGGAUUUCAGUAGCUCACUACACACAGAGUUUUAAAGGACAGUUGAACCUGCUGGACUGUCUAUUUUAUAGAGUUCUGUUGUUCUACUUUUUAUUUCUUAAAAGCCUUGGGCCACAAGAGGAACCCUGAGCUGUUACAUAAAACAUGCCUCAUGUUCAGUUUUAAUACUUGAAGCAUAUGAUUUUAUUUGCACAGUCAAUAUUAAGAGCAAACAGAUAUUCAAGCUUUUCAUUCAAUAAAAGGUUUUUUUGGAAGGCAGAGUAAAGGCACUGUAGCUUUUCAAACUUUUUGAAAAUGACAGUGUUUUUGUGGCAUGAAAAUAUUUUGCUCACAUAUUAGAAUAAUGUUGGACCCAGUUUAUAUUAGGUCUUUAACUACUAUGUACUUAACCAUUUGAUACAAUGUACUUAUUAUGUAUAUAUGUGUUGUUGCGAUGUACUUACAUUUAAAGUACCUGCAUUUAAUUACAUCUGAAACUACACAAAACCUAACCAAAACCUCAGUAACAGAAAAUUUGAAUCUUGUGAGAUUUUUGCAGAACAACAUGUAGUUAAACAAUAAGUACAUUUUAUUGUAUUUAUUUUAAUGUUAGUACAUAGACACAUAAUAUUAAGUGGGAACUUUAUUAUUAUUAUUAUAUACUAUACAAAUCAAGGCAAUCUAUUUGCAUCCUACAGAAUAAUAAAUGCAAUUUUACAGUCAGGCCAUGGGCCCACAGCUAUACUCGAGAAAACUUUUAAAAUCUUAGAAUAAUAAAUCAAGUCAUGUCAAUCAAGUAAUUUACCUGUCAAGAUAAAUUAAUCCUGAAUACCUGAAAAAGCAAAUUCAUUUUCGCUUGAAAAUCACAGGAUCUGACAGGAAGGUAAACCUUUAGUAGCAGAAUGGAGCACCCAUGCUCUUUGCUAACCUCAUCUUUAGAUUGAAAACACUACAGCAGGAGUGGUAAAGUGUGAUUCAAAUUAUGCAAUAUUGCAACAGUAUUAACAUUGUUUACCUCAAGUAACUUCCUACAAUUAUGUGGUGCUAUAUAAUGAUGUAGGGUAUUUUUUAAAGGAAGCCAUCUCAAUUAUGAUAAAGGCUCCUGAACAGCUAUUAGUAUUGUACACACGUAUUAGACAUGCAAUAUUCAGGAAAAGCACGUUAUAUUGGAAGCUAUUUAUUUCUCAUAGUAAGGUGACAUCCUGCAUACCAGAAGUAACAACAUUUUUCAAGUUACACUAAAAGUCAUUCAUCUCUGUCCUAAAUUUAUUGUUGAGAUCAAAACAUGUUAAGAAGUGCCUUUUUUGUUUUUACACAGACCUCUACUAUAAUUAUAUAUAGAUGCUGUAAAAUGUGAGUUAUACCUUAAAUGCCAUUGAUACAAGUGGAUUACCAUUUCUUGAGAAUAUGUUAACUUAAAGAAUAUUCCAGGUUCAAUACAAGUUAAGCUCAGUCGACAGAAUUGUGACAAAUAUUGAUUACCAUAAAAAAAUCAUUUUGACUUGUUCCUCCUUUCCUUUAAAAAAAAAACACCAAUCUGUGUAACAGUGAGGCACUUAAUGGAAGUUAAUGAAGAUUUAAAGAACUUUUCAGCUCAAAUAAUACUCAGUUUUAACAGAAGAAUUGUUGUAAGUGCUAUUUUUUUUAUUAUAAGCUUCACAUUUCUGCCUUUAAACCCUCCAUAAACGUGAACCAUUUACUUCCAUUGUGUCUCAUUGUAACCUUGAUUUGUUUUUAAGAAUUUUUAAUAUUCAAACAUGA